AUGCCAUUUGGAAAAACAAGGGAGUGGGGAGAACGGAAGCUGGAGACUACGCCUACACACUCCCUCGAUUACGCCUACACACUCCCUCGAUUACGCCUACACACUCCCUCGACCACCCCGACUACGCCUACACACUGCCGCGACCCCCCCGACUACGCAUACACACUGCCGCGACCCCCUCGACUACGCAUACACACUGCCGCGACCCCCUCGACUACGCAUACACACUGCCGCGACCCCCUCGACUACACACUGCCACGACCCCCCCGACUACACACUGCCGCGACCCCCCCCGACUACACACUGCCGCGACCCCCCCGACUACACACUGCCGCGACCCCCCCGACUACACACUGCCGCGACCCCCUCGACUACACACUGCCGCGACCCCCCCGACUACACACUGCCGCGACCCCCUCGACUACACACUGCCGCGACCCCCCCGACUACACACUGCCGCGACCCCCCCCGACUACGCCUACACACUGCCGCGACCCCCCCAACUACGCCUACACACUGCCGCGACCCCCCGACUACACACUGCCGCGACCCCCCCGACUACACACUGCCGCGACCCCCCCCGACUACACACUGCCGCGACCCCCCCCCGACUACACACUGCCGCGACCCCCCCCGACUACACACUGCCGCGACCCCCCCGCUACACUGCCGCGACCCCCCCCGCUACACACUGCCCCCGCUACACACUGCCGCGACCCCCCCGACUACACACUGCCGCGACGCCCCCGACUACGCCUACACACUGCCGCGACCCCCCCGACUACGCCUACACACUGCCGCGACCCCCCCGACUACACACUGCCGCGACCCCCCGACUACACACUGCCGCGACCCCCCCGACUACACACUGCCGCGACGCCCCCCGACUACGCCUACACACUGCCGCGACCCCCCUCGACUACACACUGCCGCGACCCCCCCGACUACACACUGCCGCGACCCCCUCGACUACGCCUACACACUGCCGUGACCCCCUCGACUACGCCUACACACUGCCGCGACCCCCCCCGACUACGCAUACACACUGCCGCGACCCCCUCGACUACACACUGCCGCGACGCCCCCGACUACGCCUACACACUGCCGCGACCCCCUCGACUACACACUGCCGCGACCCCCCGACUACACACUGCCGCGACCCCCCCGACUACACACUGCCGCGACCCCCCCGACUACACACUGCCGCGACCCCCUCAACAACACACUGCCGCGACCCCCUCGACUACGCCUACACACUGCCGCGACCCCCCCCGACUACGCCUACACACUGCCGCGACCCCCUCGACUACGCCUACACACUGCCGCGACCCCCCCGACUACGCAUACACACUGCCGCGACCCCCUCGACUACACACUGCCGCGACGCCCCCGACUACGCCUACACACUGCCGCGACCCCCUCGACUACACACUGCCGCGACCCCCCGACUACACACUGCCGCGACCCCCCGACUACACACUGCCGCGACCCCCCCGACUACACACUGCUGCGACCCCCUCGACUACGCCUACACACUGCCGCGACCCCCCCGACUACGCCUACACACUGCCGCGACCCCCCCCGACUACGCAUACACACUGCCGCGACCCCCUCGACUACACACUGCCGCGACGCCCCCGACUACGCCUACACACUGCCGCGACCCCCUCGACUACACACUGCCGCGACCCCCCCGACUACACACUGCCGCGACCCCCCCCCGACUACACACUGCCGCGACCCCCCCCGACUACACACUGCUGCGACCCCCUCGACUACGCCUACACACUGCCGCGACCCCCCCGACUACGCCUACACACUGCCGCGACCCCCUCGACUACGCCUACACACUGCCGCGACCCCCUCGACUACGCCUACACACUGCCGCGACCCCCCCGACUACGCAUACACACUGCCGCGACCCCCCCCGACUACGCCUACACACUGCCGCGACCCCCCCGACUACGCCUACACACUGCCGCGACCCCCCCCCGACUACACCUACACACUGCCACGACCCCCCCCCCCCCGACUACACCUACACACUGCCGCGACCCCCUCGACUACACACUGUCGCGACCCCCCUGA